AUGCCCUCUGAUGUUGGCUCUGAGAGAUCGGAUGGUCACAGCGAGGGGCCCUCUCGUCGCCAGCUCCUGGCCGCAGAUGGGUUGUCCCUGGAAGCCGACCUCAAGCAGCUGAAGAGGACAGUGGCCAUCGCCAGCCUGAGUACCUUUUGCCUGGGCUACAACACUGCUAUUGUGGCGGGGGCGCAAAGCGGCAUCCAUCAGGAUACCAGCUUUGUGCAUGGCGGCGGCCUUGCCUCCGGAGUCCUUGUGAGCUCGGCGCUGCCGGCUGCAGCACUGGGGGCACUCGGUGGCCAGGUUGCCAACUUGGUAGGCCGUCGCAAAACGCUGCUCGCGGUAGCCGGCCUUUUCGCGCUGGCUCCCCUUGCUAUGGCCGCCGCGCCCUCCUUCUUCCUCCUGCUCGUUGCCAGGUCUCUCUGCGGGAUUUCAAUUGGCGUCUCCUCCGUUCUUACGAACCUCUACAUCACCGAGGUAAGUCCAGCCGUUUGCCGCGGGCGCUUGGGCGGAUGGGCACCCUUCAUUGGCACCAGCGGAAUUCUUGUAUCUUACAUCGUGUCCUCGGCUCUGCAGGCUUUUCCAAACCAGGCCUGGAGAUGGCAGUUCGGCUUGGCAGUGCUGCCUGCGCUCUUGCAGCUGUUGCUGAACCGGCACUUGCCAGAGACUCCGCGCUGGCUUCUGGCGCAGACGCGCAAAGAGGAUGCACGGCAAUGCCUCCAGCAGCUCUUUCCAAAGGCCGCGCAGAGCUGCAUCGAGGAGGAGUUAUCCCGAUUAGAAGCUGACCUCGGAAACACGGCGGAGGUAGCGGCGGUGAGUUGCGUUGGCCUCUGCCAUGCAGAGCAUCGAGCCUCUACAACCGUGGGUGCGGCCAUCAACGUUCUCCAGCAAGUCUCAGGCAUCAAUGUCUUCAUCUACUUUGCACCUCAGAUCUUGGAGGAUGCCGGGUUCGGACGAUACUCCAUGAUCUCCACUGUGCUGGUGAGUUUGAUCCAGCUGACUGCCACAGCAGUGCUGAUCCAGUACAUUGAUCGGGUCGGGAGGCGCCCACUGGCUUUGAUUGGCCUUGCCGGGAUGAUGGCCGGCUUGCUGCUUGUCAUCGCAGGAUCGGUGCAGCGUGGAGCCGGGAUGGCAGUGGCGGUCACGGCCUGGUCUUCCCUGCUGGGCAUGCUGCUGUUUCGGGCUGCCUUCUCACUGUCCUUGGGCCCGCUGCCUUAUGUGAUGACCUCCGAGUUCUUCAAGCAGGAGGCCAGGGCAGCAGGAGUCGGCGCCUGCUGGGCCAUGAAUUGGCUGGCCAACUUCGCGGUUUCUCUGAGCUUCCCGGUGCUUGCGGAGGCGGCGAGCAAGUCGGGCCCAGCACCAGACAUUAAGAGGCACUUGGCGUGGAUUCCGAGGUUCAGAUGCUUCUUGCAGGUGCUGCAGUAG